AUGAACGGUACGCGGCUGGGCAAGUUAGUAUUGAUGAUGGUAAGUGAGCUCGCCAUGGCCUCCGCAGCAAUACCAGCAACAACAGCGGUAGUCAGGAAGAUCACAGAGAGAGAAGUCCGAGAGGAGCGCGCCAUCACCACAAUCGAUCCGGGGCCGCGACAGCGUCAUCCGCGCAUCAUCUCAAUGCCGCAAACGCACAUCUCGGAAUGUAUGCCCUGA